AUGUUCACAGAAAUAAAAAGAUUAAACGUAUUUGAUUACAGUGAUUCUGAACUAAUCUCACAAAUACAUACUACUUGUGUUGAACAAGGUAUUCCUCUUGUAAUAGAGAAAUACCAUUUAAAACAAAAUUGGAAUGCUGCUAUAUUCACACAAAAUUGGUUAAGAGACAAUUACGGACAGCAAGAGAUUACUGCUCGUGACAUGCUAACUAGAACAGAUGAAAUUAUGAAAUUAUCUGAAUAUCUUGAUUUUGUAGAAAAGGCUCCAAUAAUCGAGAAAACAGGGGAGGAGAAGAAGAGGCUAUAUGGUAAAGACAUUAUAUGUCCUCAAGGCUGGAAGGAUGCUAUUGAUGAAUUUUUACCAAAUUACUUCACAUACCAUGAUGUGAAUGAUCUCAUGGACAAUCUUAUGAUAUAUGUUGGCUUUGGAGGAACAAAAACCCCUCUACACAAAGAUAUGUGUGCUUCAUUUGGUCACAACAUAAUGGUCAGCGCAGAUCCUGGUGCAUUUUCAACUUGGUAUAUGGUCAGAAGUGAAGACGCAGAUAAAAUGCAAAGCUUAUUAAAAACGAUUAAUCAAGAUAUUGAUCUUGAAUGCUACACUGCCACUCCUGAAUUUCUCUCAACUGCUGAUUUCACUGUAUAUAAGACUGAUCAACACAUUGGUGAUCUAGUGUUAGUACCAUCUGAAAGUUGCCAUGAAGUAAUUAAUGAGGGUUGUUGCACAAUUAAAAUAUCAUGGAAUAGAGUAACUCCAUAUUCUAUAAAAUCUGCAUUGGAAACUGGUCUACCGAAUUACCAUCGUGUGUUACGUCCUGAAACUUACAAUAUAAAACGUAUAAUCUAUUAUAGCAUCAUAAAAUGGACUAUUGGAUUUGGAUUAGUUAAUGUUAAUGAUUUCAAGAAAAUGAAAUUUGAAGGAUCGGAUUCUGGCACACUUAAAAAGUAUAUUGAUACUAUCUGUUCUCAACCUGGUCGUGACAUAAAAGCUGAAUAUAAGACUUUAAUAUUGUCAUUUAAAAAACUCAUUGAAGAAGAAUGGGUCAAUGCAGAAGCUUGGGAUGAUCGUAAAAAACUCAUGAAGUUAACUAAUAACCACGAAAGUGGACUUGUUUGUGAUUAUUGUCACUGUAAUAUUUGGAAUCGACAUUACCAUUGUUAUUCUUGCCAGACGGAAGAUGAAACAUAUUUUGAUUUAUGUUUACAAUGUUAUGCAUCUGGAAGGGGUUGUCAACAUUUUAUGUAUCUCAGAAGGCACCUAAAAAUGAGACAUAUCUUAAAAGUUUAUAAAAGUGCAAGAGAUACAUAUUAUAAAAAGUUUGACCAGGACCCGUUAUUGCCAAGUACAAUUGAAUUAGAAGGUAGCAUUGGCACGUCAAGUUAUGAUUUAUGGAAGGCUUCGUAUGAAGAUUUAGAACCACCUACUCCCUUACCACACCCUAAUGUUGUUUAUAUGGAGCCUUCAAAACUAUUUUGUGAAAAUAAAAAGUGA